UCCACCCAUUUGUUAAGCACCUACUGUGUGCAGGUAUUCUGCCAGUGCUGAGUGGCAUGUGUGUAGAGCACUUGGUAAGUCGUUUGCCAAAUGUUUGUAGUUAAAACUGUCUUUAGUUGAAAGGAGACUUUAAGAUGCAGGUUCGUAAGGAGAGCCUUUCUGAUCUGUUGUGCUUUUGCAAAUACAUUGAACUUCAUGUCUCAUGGAAGAAAUGAGGUCAGAUGUCAUACAUACAUAAGGAAAAUUGUUAUGUAUUUAGAAGGAAACUGAGGUCUCUUCCAAAUGUAUGGAAAAGGUGGGGUGAUUAUUGGUGGGGGUGGGUGGGGCACUGAAUUGAAGUUGGACGUUUUGACCAGCUGUUAGGUUUCAGUGCCCCUCUGGCAUGGCAGGACUUUGGGCCUCUGCUCUUUCCCAGUUGGUGGUUGCAGUUUGAUGGGAGGAAGAGCUCGUCAGUGCAGCGUGUGGGGCGGGGAGCUGGCAGUGGUCCGUCCUCACGCUUUUCUCUCCUGCCCCACCACUGGAGGAGUGGAAUGGGCCUCUGCUGCUAUUUGCUUUUCCGAGUUUGGAAUCUAAGGCUGUAGUCUUGAAAUGUGGUUUCUAUAUUGUAGAUCAAAAGAUGAGGCCUGAGCGCUUGCAGAAGUUUGGAUUUAGCUUCAUUUGUUCUUAUGCACCGUCAGGAUUUCUCCCUCCCUCAGGACAGGCAGCGCUGGUGCCGCGAAGGCCAAAGCACGCUGAGCACAGGCCUGCGGGUCAGAUCCCCGUGGCAUUCAGUGCCUCUCGUACUCGGUCUCCUGGUCCUGAGGGCCUUUGGGAGAACAUUGUCCUUAAGUUUUACUCUAGUUCUGUAAUUUUCUCCCAUAUCUUACCACCUGAUGCCAGUAGAAUGAAAUUCCCUUUGAUUGUGUGCCUGUAGCUAAAUUGACUGAAACCAGAAGUCUGCCAUCUGAGCUAAUAUAGUUUCACAGCCUAAGAUUGUAAAAAUGUUGACGAUACAUGUUUACCAGAGGAUUCCUAAGUGUCCGUCAGCAUGCUGGGCUCUUCAUAAACGUUUUCUUCUGUUUGAUCCUCAUUACAGCUGAGGAGGUGGGACUGGAAUUAUGCCCAUUUAACAAAUGAGGACACUGAGACUGCUGUGCUCAGUUGGGCAGAGCUGGGACUUGAACCAGGUGGUUGGGCCUCCAGGCUUACUUGCUCUGCGUGCUCCAGGGCAUUCUUUAAGAGCGUUUCUGACCUCAAACUCUGGUAUUGAAGUCAGUGAAAUCUCUCCAUCUACUUUGACAUUUUCCUCUUUUUUUUUUACCAAAAAAGGGUAUGAUUCCUUGCCCUUCUUUUGUCCCAGGAAACCUGUUCAAAAUUUAGGUGGUGUAACACUUUUUCCAGAAAGAUUCUUUAUUUACAAACUGUAGUAGAUGAUUGGAGCUUGAGGUUACAGAUGUUAGCUGAGUUUGUCCUCUGUGGUCUUCCUCCUUUGGAAACUGGGGUGUAGCUAGCAGUUUGAUGUUUGUUUGUUUUCCCUUGGAAACAGCACUAUUGAAGUCAGUUUGUCUUCUCUGACGAACUCUCUUGUGAUGUGCACUGGUCUGAGGGUGAAACCUUAAACAGAAGGCGUGGCAUUAGGGUCUGUAUGACAGUGUUUCUCCCAGUGGCACUCCCAGAAUUGGCCCAUUUUUAACUUUCAUCUUUUCGAUCACCUGAUUCCCUGCUCAAGAAAAGCAGUAAUGAAAGUGUUUGGAAAUAUAGUUCAUACUCUGAGGCUGCUCUGUGCCCGUGACUAAGUGUCAAAGGAAGGCCGGGGAACGAGUUUCUUAAUAUAGACGGUUACUGAGACCCACCGGUAGGGCGACAGCAAGCCUUUUCUUCUGAUUUCCUCCGUGGAAGUGGAGAGAGUUGGAAAGGCAGGAAGCAAAGACCUUUUAGAGUAGAAUUCAAGUUUUACUUGCAGGGGUUUGCCAGGGCUUGCUGCUGAGGGGGUUAAGAUGUCCCAGAGAUGAAUUAGCCCUCUUUCUGCUGCUGAGUGGGUUCUACUCGAUGUUCAUCAAAGACAGCUGGCCUGGAAGGGCUCUGUGAUCCUCUGGCUUUAGAAUGGGCAACGCUAUUGAAAAACAGGAGCCCCUCCACCGAAGCCAUCUGUGCCCCUGGAGACAAGACUCCCAGCGUUCUCACCUCUCCUCCUUCACCAUGAAGCUGAUGGACAAAUUCCACUCACCCAAAAUCAAGAGAACACCAUCCAAGAAGGGAAAACCAGCUGACAUGUCUGUGAAGAUUCUAGAGAAGCCUGUAAACAAAGAGGCAACAGACAGAUUUCUACCAGAGGGCUACCCUAUCCCCUUGGAUCUGGAGCAGCAGGCAGUAGAAUUUAUGUCCACCAGUGCUGUGGCUUCCAGGUCUCAAAGGCAGAAGAACCUGAGCUGGCUGGAAGAGAAAGAGAAGGAGGUUGUCAGUGCCUUGCGCUACUUUAAGACCAUUGUGGAUAAAAUGGCCAUUGAUAAGAAGGUCUUGGAGAUGCUUCCAGGGUCGGCCAGCAAGGUGCUGGAGGCCAUCUUACCGCUGGUGCAGAGUGACCCUCGCAUUCAGCACAGCUCAGCCCUCUCAUCCUGCUAUAGCCGAGUGUACCAAAGUCUCGCCAACCUCAUUCGCUGGUCUGACCAAGUGAUGCUAGAAGGUGUGAACUCAGAAGAUAAAGAGAUGGUGACAACGGUGAAGGGGGUCAUCAAGGCUGUGCUGGAUGGAGUGAAGGAGCUGGUCAGACUUACCAUCGAGAAACAGGGGCAUCCGUCUCCAACCAGCCCAGUGAAACCCAGGUCCCCAGCUUGCAAACCCGAUGGCCAGUCUGAGCUCCCCCUGACAGAUCGAGAGAUGGAGAUUCUGAACAAGACAACCAGCAUGUCACAGUCGACUGAACUGCUCCCAGACUCUACUGAUGAAGAGGUCGCGCCCCCCAAGCCCCCCUUACCGGGCAUUCGAGUGGUUGAUAAUAGUCCCCCACCAGCACUGCCUCCGAAGAAAAGGCAGUCGGCUCCGUCCCCGACCCGCGUGGCCGUCGUGGCCCCCAUGAGUCGAGCCACCAGUGGCUCCAGUUUGCCUGUUGGAAUUAAUAGGCAGGAUUUUGACGGAGACUGUUAUGCCCAGAGGCGCCUUUCGGGAGGCAGCCACUCCUAUGGCGGAGAGUCGCCCCGCCUGUCCCCCUGCAGCAGCAUCGGCAAGCUCAGCAGGUCGGACGAGCAGCUGUCCUCUCUGGACAGGGACAGCGGGCAGUGCUCCCGGAACACAAGCUGUGAAACACUAGAUCAUUAUGACCCUGACUACGAAUUCCUUCAGCAAGACCUCUCGAACGCAGACCAGAUACCUCAGCAAGUGGCCUGUAACCUUAGCCCGUUGCCGGAGUCCUUGGGAGAGUCUGGGUCUCCGCUCCUCGGCCAUCCUUUCCAGCUGCCUCUUGGCAGCUGCCCCCAGCCAGAGGGGCCCUUAGCCCCAGGGCGGCAGACAGACCUGCCGCCUGCUCUCCCGGAGAAGAAGCGCAGGAGCGCAGCCUCCCAGACCUCGGACAGCUCUGGCUGCAGGGUGUCCUAUGAGCGGCACCCCUCCCAAUACGACAACAUCUCCGAGGACGACCUGCAGAACCCAGCCUUGGCCCAGCCCUCCCCCUUCCCUCUUGCUGCUAUCCUCCCCUUCCAGCAAGGAGGCUCCUCAGCCUCUGUCGAAUUUGUGGGGGACUUCACUGCUCCUGGACCAGCGGGCGACCCAGAAAGACCACCGCCCCUGCCAGAGAAGAAAAAUAAGCACAUGCUGGCGUACAUGCAGCUGCUCGAGGACUACUCAGAGCCGCAGCCGUCCGUGUUCUACCAGAUGCCGCAGAAUGAGCACGUCUACCAGCAGAAGAACAAGCUCCUCAUGGAGGUGUAUGGCUUCAACGACUCCUUCAGCAGCACUGAGGGCAUGCAGGAGCUGGCGCCGCCCCCCGCCCUGCCUCCCAAGCAGCGGCAGCUGGCCUCUUACGCUGCUUCUUCCUUCUCCUCUGUCUCCUACUGUGUCCAGCAAACUAAAGUGGCCUUCACCCCCGAGGACAGCAGUGCCACUCAGGGCAUCAGUGUGUCCGUCUCUAACUCCUUUCUCAGCCGGCACGGCAACUUAUCUGUGCCCUCGGAAUCACCAGCUGUGAAAGACGGACAUCCCAGAGAUCCCUCUUCAAUCGGCAAUGUCCCCGGGAAGGAAAGCAGAGAUGGUGGAGAAAGGGCCCCGAAGUCACCAGAUGCUCCCGACUCGGCUCAGUCGGAGGAGGAAGUGGACGAACUGUCCCUCAUCGACCACAGUGAAAUCAUGGCGAGGCUGACACUCAAGCAAGAGGGCGAUGAUGGGCCUGACGUCCGUGGAGGAUCCGGGGACAUCCUUCUGGUUCACGCUACUGAAACAGACAGGAAAGACCUGGUGUUGUAUUGUGAGGCCUUCCUGACCACCUACAGGACCUUCAUCACCCCCGAGGAGCUCAUCAAGAAGCUGCAGUACAGAUACGAGAAGUUCUCUCCCUUCGCUGAUACAUUCAAGAAGCGCGUUAGCAAGAACACGUUCUUCGUGCUGGUGCGGGUGGUGGAUGAGCUCUGCCUAGUGGAGUUGACAGAAGAGAUCUUGAAACUGCUGAUGGAACUGGUCUUUCGCCUGGUAUGCAACGGGGAGCUCAGCCUGGCCCGUGUGCUCCGGAAGAACAUCCUGGACAAGGUGGACCAGAAGAAGCUGCUCAGAUGUGCCAACUCCGACCAGCCCCUGGCAGCCAGGGGGGUAGCAGCCAGGCCGGGGACCCUGCAUGACUUUCACAGCCAUGAGAUAGCUGAGCAGCUGACCCUGCUGGAUGCCGAGCUCUUUUAUAAAAUAGAGAUCCCUGAGGUUCUGCUUUGGGCUAAAGAACAGAACGAGGAGAAGAGCCCCAACCUGACCCAGUUCACGGAGCACUUCAACAACAUGUCCUACUGGGUCCGCUCCAUAAUCAUGUUACAGGAAAAGGCCCAGGAUAGGGAGCGGCUGCUCUUGAAGUUUAUCAAGAUCAUGAAGCAUUUACGAAAGCUCAACAACUUCAAUUCCUACCUGGCCAUCCUCUCGGCGCUGGACUCGGCGCCCAUCCGCAGGCUAGAGUGGCAGAAGCAGACCUCAGAAGGCCUGGCUGAGUACUGCACGCUGAUUGACAGCUCGUCCUCCUUCCGUGCCUACCGGGCCGCCCUCUCGGAGGUGGAGCCGCCGUGCAUCCCUUACCUGGGGCUCAUCCUGCAGGACCUCACCUUCGUGCACCUAGGGAACCCAGACUAUAUUGACGGCAAGGUGAAUUUUUCCAAACGGUGGCAGCAGUUCAACAUCCUGGACAGCAUGCGAUGCUUCCAGCAGGCGCAUUAUGACAUCCGGAGAAAUGACGACAUCAUAAACUUCUUCAACGACUUCAGUGACCACCUGGCCGAGGAGGCCCUAUGGGAACUCUCUCUGAAAAUCAAACCCAGGAACAUAACAAGGCGAAAAACAGACCGGGAAGAGAAGACCUAGGAGCAGGUGCUGUGAGCAAGAAGAACGCUCGAGAGAGGCUCAGAGUGUGGCUCCGAGACCGGAAGGGACUUUGGACCUGUUAUGUGGCGGCAGCACCUGUUCUGGUCUCAGCCACAGGGCCCGGCAUGGCAGGAGCCCAUAGCCUGGGCACCCUCCUGCUCCCUCCCCCCAUGAGCGGAGCCCACAGCCCAGCGCAGAGCCAGCAGGCAGGUCUCAUUGCUGAUUGUGAACCGGUGGUUUUCUCGUUUGGUUUCUGCUUUCACGUCUGUCUUCCCUCUCCCUGUCCCUUCCGCUCCCCCUCCAGCCUAGGAGUAGACCAAGGAGCAGCGGAAUCUUCACCGCUCCCUGACUUCCAGGGUCCUGGAUCUGCUGAAAUGAGUGAAGGCUCAAGGACCCUCAUGGGGGCUGCACUCCCGGUGACCUUGAGUGCACGGGACAUUUAGCUUGGUAGGCAGAGAGCAGAGAAGACUGGGGAUAGGGGGCUGCUUUUACUUCCCAGCCCUGCUUUUUAAAGUAGAGGAUGGUGAGCUGCUCACCUGGCCCGGAAGGUACGACAGGUGGCCUCUCGGCAGCCUGGAGCUCUGGCGCUCCUGUCACGGUACUGCCCUUGGCACUGCCCUGCUGCCUGCUAAAACCCCAGGGCCCUCUCCUGGACUGUGAGCAGUAAGUAGCAGCGUCCGCCACCUUUGUGCCCCUUCUCUCUCCCACCCAACCUCUGGCACGCUCCCAUCACCUGGCGCUGUGGGGAGCUGGGAAGAAGAGGUUGGAGCGAGAGGCCUUUACCAUCCAAGAAAUGCAUUUCAGCUGAGCUGGGCCCAUAGCUCUUGGGUGAGUUAAUCCAGAGAGAGGGGAGAGUAGAGGGGCAUUUCUGUUGGUGGUCCCUCCUCUGUCGCUUGCUGUGUGCCUUAAAUUCCAUCUCCUGUCUCCUCCCGCCCCACGGGCUCCCCUCCUACUUUGCUCCAUCCUGAUGGGUGACAGAGGCUCUUUCUCCUGCUCAUGAGACCUGUCCACCAAUACUGUUGGCUCUCCACUGGGAAGGACAGUGUCCCUGAGAGGCCAGGGACCUAGGGCUGACCAACCACACCCUCUGCCCAUGGGGCAUCUCCGGAAAGCGUCUCAGGAACAGGUGCUUCCCUGUCCAAACCACGCGUGCUGCUGAGGUUGACAAUCUGAGGCCAGGCUGCAGGGCCCCACACACGGGUGCCCGGCUGGAGCUCCCGCCUGCUGUGGGCUCCGGCAGGCCUGCCCUCUGCGUCCUGUUGUGCGUGGUGGAGGGUGCACCUGUCCCGGGGUUGGCACCUGGUCAUGCAGACUCCAGGACCUAACUGUGCUUAGCCCAGAACAAAGAAAAGCAGAAAGCAACAUCUGUUGGUUAUUUAGAUUUUGUUUAUUAAGAAACAAUCCUGUCACGUUGAGUCCUUCAUGGGUUUUGAUAAGCUUUUACCCAGAAGAAAAGUAGGGCUGGUCUUUUCCCUCAUUUGUCCUAUACACAGAGGGAGUGGCUAUGAAAUGUCAGUCACGUCCCCCUGGCAGCGAUCCUGCCGGCUGCAAGUGGAGCACGUCACUUUAUUAUUUAAGGAGUGUGUGUUGAGUUGCUGUUUACUGACAGUGCUGCGUGUGGGGUGGGUUUAGUCUGUGCCUGUGGUCCUCAGUCUUCAUGUCAGUCUUCCCUGGCCCCCAGCUCUGCCAAUGCCACUGGGCCCUCGGGGCCUCUGUGUUAUGGGAACUAUGGUUCCCUCUGCAUUUGGAGAGCCCCAGUCUCCCUCCGUUGCACAGGCAAAUACUUAGCCUCAGACACCCAGCCCCUCUCAGACAGAUGCGUAUCUGCGGCCUGUCAUCCUGGUUCUCAGUCAUGAGCUGGUGGGGGUGGGGCUCUACCUGCCCUCCGUUUAGAAGUGGUCCUGCCCAACCCUCUCCUCCUCAAGCCCUCGGUGCUCUGAGCAGAGGUGCCAGACACCAGACAAGCAGUGCAGGUGGACAAGGGGCUGGUGUGUCCGGUGGCCCCAGUGUGAGGAAAGCAGGUGCAAUGUGUGUGUUAACUUAUUGAUGAUGGGUUUCCCCACCCAUGUCUCAUUAAGACACCCUCUUAGCUCGGGGAGUUGCUGAACCCCAUGCCAGAACCAAGCGUGGCCGUGAGUUGUCUGUCUUGGGGGCAGGGUGUGGGAAUCGAUCUUUAGGACAGACAGACACGACCAGUACGGUUUGGGUCCCUGCAGGUGGGGUAGAGCCAAGGAGAGGGCAGACUGGCGCCAUGUAUGAACUAAACCCUGAUUCUGAGAAGCACCGCCCUGCCCUGCCCCUGCCCCCACCCCCGCCCCCAGUGUUACACUGUAAUAUGUACCCCCAAUAACCGGGCUGUGGCGGCAUCUCCCUGCAGACAUCUCAGACCUGCAACUUCUACACAAACGGUGAAUAAACAGAGGGCAGCCUGGGCA